ACCUAUAACCCUCCUUAAAAACUCCAAACAAAAACAAUUCAGAUAAGGAAAACCCCCCUCAAGGUGAAGCGCAAACCGUAGCCAAAAAUGGCGAACCUGAAGUCGGCUAUAGAUUGUGCAUUUUGGGAUCACAGUAUAUCCACCCCACAUACCUUGGAAGGCUCCACCAAGUCUGUUCCAGGUGAGCCAUUCCCGUUGGACGGAGCUCGAGCCAGCAAGGCCCUCCGAAUUCAGCAGCUUUCGCUUCUCGGAAAUGGUUUCCCUUUGGGUAUCAUUCCCUCUAUCUGUCCUCCUUCACACAAAGACUUGGGUUUUCUCUCUCUUCAGUCUCUCCUGCUCAGGCCUUCUACUUCUAACUGGUGGAUUGGAUUAAUUGGUCAGUUUAAGCCAAAGAAACUGAUCUCUGCUAUUAAAACGGAACUCCAGAGUGCUGAUGAGUUGGAACUCUCUGUUUUCCGGGAUGCAGCCAAGCAUUUUCUCGACAAGUCUCUGUAUUCAAUUGCAUUAGCCACACAGCUUUCAUUGUCUCCUUCUACAUCCUUAUUGUGGAACACAGAGUGGUUGGAGGGGAAGAAAGGCUAUCGCAACAAGUUUAAGAUCUAUCACCAGGUUCCUGAUCAUGAUAUCACACUGGAUGCUGCAUGGCCUGAGCUUUUCAUGGACCAUAAAGGAAAAUAUUGGGAGGUUCCAGAAUCAAUAUCCUUAGACAUGUCUUCUCUUCCUUCUGACUCAGGGUUGCAAUAUCGCUUUGGUCUGCACAAAAACAGUGGCCAUCCCCUGGCUUUCAAUGAACCUGAUGGUGAGGCACCUUCUGCCUUAAUGCCAGGAUUAUGUGCAAAGGUUGCAUUCUCUUAUCAGAAGAGCAAGGAUAUUUGGAGGCGAAACGAGACAAAAGAGGAUCUCAUCGUGAAGACAGACAAAGGUUCAUUUUGGCGACCGUCAUAUGAUGUGCAUCUUAAAGAACCUCAUGCUGCUAUAUCUGGAAUUAUAGGAGGCACGUGUGCAGCCUGGUUUGGUAAAGACUCCGCAAAUGUUGAAUCACAGAGGGGGGAUACAAUACCUACAAGCAAUAACAAGAGAAGCCCUUUGAAUGCGGAUUUAUUUGGUUCAGCUUGCUAUACUUUUCAGCAUGGACAGUUUCGUAAGCUAUAUGGUGAUCUAACUCGAGUUGAUGCUCGUUUGGACAUAUCUUCACUCUCAUCAUUUUCCAAAAGAAUUUUCAAGGGUUCUUCUAAUGCAGACAAAUCAUUAUCAUCUCCCAGACUGAAUUUGAUCUUUCAACAGCAGGUUGCAGGGCCAAUAGUGUUUCGAGUGGAUUCAAAGUUGUUUCUUGAUUCUAAAGCCGGGAAACAAGGCCCUCAUAUCGAAGAUGUCAUAUACAGUCUGUGCUACUCAUUGAGGCUUCUCCGUUCUGGAAAAGUUGUUGCUUGGUAUUCUCCAAAGAGGAAGGAAGGGAUGAUCGAAUUGCGCCUUUUUGAAUUCUAAAUCAUGUCUUGUCAUUCUAUAGUUUCCUAUGAUUUCUGUUCAGAACACAAACUAUCUUGUUGGGCCAAAU